ACACCAGCUGCCAACACUAAUGGAUCCAAGCUAAUCAGUAUAGAAACACUAUUCUUACACUUUAGUGGAGUCCUCAAGCAUGAGAUGUAUCCUUUCUUAUUCCAUAGUUCCAUAUAUUGUACUGGCAGUGCAAUCUAGUUUUUACUGGCUCAAGCCUGGUUCUGGCAUUUGAAUUUAUACUGCUUGUUGUAUAUGUGUUCAAACAUGCUAAUUAUAGAGAGAUCAUACAAGACAACUGAAACCCUGGUUUAAGAAUGGAAAGUAUUGUAUAAGUGUAUUUAAACUUACUGGUUAAUAAAAUUUGCUGUCCCAUUCUUCUCAUUUCAGGUGUCUUAACACUUAUAUAUAUUUUUAAUGUAUAGAAGUCAAAGGACUUUACUAGGAUUGCAUCCAUUAUUAUGUACAUAAGUAAACAGUAAAGAAAGGUUAGGUGGCUUGCCUGAAGUUAGUGAAUUACUAUAUUUUCUCAUGUACAAUAUACAUUUUUAUUCCAAAAAAUAGCUGCUGGAAAUUGAAAUGUGCGUUAUAUGUGAUAUAUACUGUAAGAACAGUUUCUGCCAGUUACAGGGCAAACAAAAGUAAAAUCGGCACACAACUCACAGGGAGCAGAACAUGGAGGAGACCUGGCUGCCUAGCUGCUGCUACUUAGUUACUUACUACAAAGAUUUUUUUAUUCUUCAUUUUGCCUUUCAAAAACAGGGUACAUAUUUUAUUCCGGGAGAUGUAAGCAAGAAGAUAUGGGCAUGACAAGGGUAAGAGCAGAACCAAUCUCAUCUUUUUAUUUUGUUGCCAUAAUGCAGUCUCCCUUAUCUGUUCAUGGACCUCCAUUUCAUGCUAAUCACCUCCACAAGGUAAUUGAAAAAAACAUUAUUUUCCAUCCCCUUAUUUUUUGGGGGUUUGCUAACAAACACUCCCAGUCCUACCUGGCCUAUGUAGAUGUGAAACUGAGAACUACACUAUAUCAACCUAUUCCUUUACCAUCAAAACUAAGUGAGUAAUAAAUAACAUGUCUUCCUUAUGCUUUCCUAUUUGCAGAAUUGUGGUGGUUUGCUGAGCUGGAGCUUGAAAACACACAGGCAGGGACUGCAGCACGGGAACCCUCUGAUAUCUCUUAUUAACUUUAUACACUGAACUGCUGCUUAUCAUAUCCAUGGCAUUCAGGAGGCACAUGAAGAACUUGGUAAAAAAAUAUUCUGAUGCUCAGGUAAAAGUCAGGGAAGCAACUUCUAAUGACCCUUGGGGCUCCUCUAGUUCGCUAAUGUUAGAGAUCAGUGACCUGACGUACAAUGCAGUUUCUCUUUUGGAAAUUAUGAACAUGAUAUGGCACAGGAUGAAUGACCAUGGAAAGAACUGGAGGCAUGUGUAUAAAUCCCUCACACUCUUGGAUUAUCUCAUCAAGAAUGGAUCAAAGAAAAUCAUACAUCAUUGUCGAGAGGGCUUCUUUAACAUUCAAACAUUAAAGGACUUUCAUUAUAUAGAUGAGGAUGGAAAGGAUCAAGGUUAUCAUGUGAGGGAGAAAUCUAAGCGACUCAUUGCCUUGUUAACAGAUGAACAAUUGCUGCAUAAUGAAUGUGAAGUAGCACGGAGAACUAGGCGCCGCACCUCCUAUGCAGUGCUCGUUCCUAAGGAUGCUACCACCAAGGACUAUUCACCAACAAUGUCUGCCUCUGAGCCCAUAUCAGAGCCUCCUGAUUCAGAAAAUGCUCAAGAAUGUUUUUCUAAGACAACAUCUGUGCCACAGCAAAACCAGCUUUUGCCGACACCAGGGAAAGCAAUAGAGGCCCAACGAACAAAGACACUCAAAAUCAUUGCUAAGAAGUCUUCAGAGGACUUGAUAGUGUUUAGCGAAGAUGAAAAGACACCUACCUCCACUUUGCUACCACCAUUUCCUGCAUUGAACUCUUCUGAUGAACGAUCACCAGUGGUUAAGUCUGCUGUCAGCGAUUCCUGGAAGCAAAGUGUUGCUUCCUAUUCCUCAGAGAUAAGUCUACCAUCUUCACAAAAAUGGAGCAGGAACAGGAGCAGGAGAGGUGACAACACUGCCACAGAUCCUGUUUCUACAAUCACUCUGAAGCCUCCCUCAAGGAAGCAGUCAGAUGCAAAUAAUCCCCAAGCUGCAAAACACUUGUUUGAUCCUUGGUCAUCAAUCCCAGAAGCGCAAGCAAAACCCAGCCAAAAUACCUCAAAACUGGACUUUCUUUCUUCUAGUAGUGAGGACUCUGUGGAAACCAUUUACCUCUCUCCUACAUUCAACACCAUGGAUCCUGUGGAAGACAGCGGAACCAACAUUGAUAGUCUGAAAUCUACUCCAGCUUCCUCUAAACAAUUCCCUGGGCCUGUUACAUCCACUUUCAAUAAUUUCAACGCCUUCAUAUCUGGAAACAUGCAGACAGCUAGUAUGACUCUUCAUCCAUCUCCAAAGCUGGAUUUAACCAGCUCUACUGCAACAACAACUUAUUUUUCCACCGUCUCCGUCUCAUCCCCUAAGGCGGUCAUUCCAGAGAACACAGUUCAUCCUUAUUUUAUGCCUUCCUGUGGACCUUCAUACUUGUCUUCACCCCAGCAGCCCUCCUCAUCAGUUUUCCUCAAGGAUCACAAAGACAGGGUUACACAUCCUUUUCCUCCUUGCCAGAUAUCUGAUGAAGAGAGCGAGAAUACUAGCAUACUGAAUCUCUUACCAGAUAAUUCAAGGGAUUCUGCUGGAAAAGUGAACAGUUUUGAGAGCAGAACUCUCCGGAUAUCUGGUGGGAGUUGGGGGAUAUUUCCCACGCAGAACAAAGCAGCCAUGUCUGACCAUUUUAUGCCUUCUGCUAAAGGCUCCUCUAAUGUGGACACUACACAGAAAGUCAUGGUCACUCUGGAAGAGAUAAAACAUACAGUUUUUGGACUGCAAGGAGAUAUAGGUAACAUGGCCAAGGAGCUGCAAGCCAUUGGUAGUCAGUUGGCAAGUGUGGUCAGUGAUGUUCAGCAUAUGAGCCAAUUUUUGACAGCUCCCCAAAAUACUAAGGAAUCCCUUAGUCAGCUGUAAUUUUCACAAUGGCUACUUCAGCUUUACUGGAAUUUUCUGUAUUUCCUUUCCUUAACAAUAUUUCACAUUGGUCAUCAGACCUUUUUCAUAGCAUUGAAAAUUUACAGCCAGAAAGGCACAUGGCUGUUCUGUUCUUUUCAUGGAAAUAAAUUAUUCACAUCUUAUUCUUUGAGUUUUGUUAACAUUUGAGCUACUCUUGCCGUCUAUUUCCCAGGAGUUUCAGCCUUAGGCAUUCUCACAAC